AUGCCGAGCAGCGUCCGCGUCGUUGGUGCUGAUGCCGUGGGCAAGACGAGCUUCGUGCUGGCACUGGGGGCCAAGGAGCAGGCGUUACGGGGCUGCCACGGGGCGCAGCAGUACAGUUGGGCACGAAGUGGACGGCGUAGCAAGACGACGGUGCGCAUCGUGCGCAGUCGAGAGGAGCUGUUGCACGGUCGUAACGACACUGCUGGCAAUGAUGACGAUGACGAAGUGGUUGUGCUGCUCUUUGACCUCACACGGCGGGACUCGCUCGCGGCUGUUACCGCGCAGUGGGGCCACUUGUCGGACAGUACGGGACGGAAGUUGCUGCUACUGGUGGGCACCCACGCAGACUGCACGAGCACGCGGAGAGUGUCGCCGGCCGAAGUGCGCGAGAUCUCGGGGGACUUCCACGCGUACGAGGAGGUGUGCUGUCGCCCGGGCCAUCGUGGGGACAAGGGAAUGCUCCGUGUACAGCUCACGUUGACCCAGUGGAUCGGUGGUGGGUCUGCAGGAAUGGCGAGCGAUCUCCCGCUUGCCCGAGCUUCGAUCUCCGGCGGCUUCCCUCGACCCGUUGUGACCAUGAUGAUGCCUACCGGUGCAUCGCGCAGUUUGCCACGAUCGCCUACAGGUCAACAGCAUCUGCGAAUGCCCGUAGCAGACGAACGGCUUUCGACUGCCGAGAACGAGUUGUCCGGUCUUGAGGCAGGAGGUGCGGGUGCGGGCGACGUCAAGCUACGCACGAUUUCCAAAGCUAUCUACGACAUCCGCAGUGCAGUGGCUGAGAAGAGCAAAGUGCUGGCCAAGUAUCGCGACCGACGAGUGACUCACUGGCUGACACGGAGCCGGUACUUUGGCCCGACGGAGAGCAGUCGCCACAAGCGAUGGCACGAGGAACAGAAGAAACGACAGCUGCUGACCCAAUGUCAUGUGCACUACCACCACGGCGGCCAGAUGCUGCGUCAGCCGAAUAGCCUCGAUGCGUGCUCGCAGGACGAACGUGGACGGAGUGCUAGCUACCCUGACAAACGUGAAGUACCGGGUCGGCAGCAAAGCUCUGCGCAGCACGGCCCCGAGCUCUUUUCGAGCCCGAGCUCGAGCGAGAGCGAAAGCGACGAGAGCCCAGCACUGUGCUUGGAGCAAAAGGGUUUCGCGCAGCCGACCGGGCGAACAAGGCAACGACAUCUCGAUGCCGAUGCUGCACAGGCGCAGAAAAAACGCCUCGCGGCUAAACGCGCACUGCGAAAGCAACGGCGCACAGCAUCUGACGAUAUGUACGAGCAAAGCGCCGCCUCCCCUGCGAUCUUUGACUCGUAUCUGAACUGCUACGACGAGAUGGACGUGCCCUCGCAGCUGCAGCCGUCUUUGCUCUCGCUGGACCGACGGAAGCCAUACCUAUCACGACCAUCGCUUUUCUCGACAAGCAGCAAAAGCUCGACGAGCCAAGAGCACGUGUCGUUUGAGGCGGGCGGGUUGACGUCGACCGGAGUGCAGCACUCGGUCGAGGAGUCGUCCCGCGGAGCUGAACCAGUGGACUGCAUGCCAAUGGCCACGCUUGUCCUGUCUCCGCCCGUUCCAAGAAUCAUGGAUCUGUCAGUCCCGUCGCGUCGACCGUCAUUGGUGUAG